GAAGGGCUUGGAGCUACCACGCAGUCCCAGCAGAUUCCCUCUUCUUUCCGGAGUGGCUUAGUGGCCAGGCCUUUGUGAUCAAGUCUACGGUUUUCUGAAAGACCGGAGCCAACUAUGGGUCUCGCCUAUCCAGCUGGUGUCGCAACCGCGUCCUUCCUCGUCGUUGGAUCCUACUUGCUCUUUCAUGGGGAAGGCGAGGUUUUCAAUGUCGGCCAAUUCCUCGAAUCUGUAUCGCCCUACGCGUGGGCAAAUAUCGGCAUUGCAUUGUGCAUAGGUUUAUCUGUCGCUGGAGCAGCAUGGGGGAUUUUCCUCACGGGCUCUUCGAUUGUCGGUGGAGGUGUCAAGGCACCGCGCAUACGAACCAAGAACCUCAUUUCAAUUAUCUUCUGUGAAGUCGUGGCAAUUUACGGUGUAAUCAUGGCGAUUGUCUUUUCAGCCAAACUCAAUUAUGUGGACAGCGAUGCAAUCUUCUCUAGCAGCAGUUACUAUACCGGAUAUGCGCUCUUCUGGGGCGGUAUUACUGUCGGCGUGUGCAACCUGAUCUGUGGUAUUUCCGUGGGUAUUAACGGAAGUGGUGCUGCCUUGGCCGAUGCUGCCGAUCCCACCCUGUUCGUUCCCUCUCAGAAUCCUGUGGUCGAUGAAGGACUGGAAACUAACCGUUUGGCGAACAGGUUCGUGAAAAUGCUCGUUGUUGAGAUUUUCAGCUCUGUUUUGGGUCUCUUUGGUCUUAUUAUCGGGCUCUUGGUGUCGGGGAAAGCACUCGAUUUCGGAGCCGAGUAAUGGACUCUUGUCUCAAGAAGGCUCGGCCUUCUGGCUAAGAGCAACAUUGCAGAGCAAUAUACGUAUGGCUUCUACUUUAUUUGUCACCUUUUGAGCUUCUUUUAUAUAAAGCAUUGCGGCGUACGGUUCCUAUUAGCUAUGAGUGUAGAGCUUUUCUCGGCUUGCGUGACGUGCAUUUGAUGAUGUCUUGGGAUGUAUAGUGUCGCAGGAAAUAGCAAUGGAAAACAGUAUAUUCUGA